GAGUGGUCGGGAGACCGAGAGUGCAUUUGCCGCCUUCUUGUCGGACGGCAGUGACGACGAGGACGCGGAUGACGCGGACACGCGCGCUCUGCUUCGGAUGCAGCAGCAGGCAGACGAUCGAACGUAUGUAGACACACUGAAGAUGAAUGAAGAGAGUGAUAGCAGCUUCAGACUCACGUGGGCCAAGCCAGGAGUGUUUGAUGCUCGAGAGGACGAAGCCUUGAUGGGUCCUAAGAAGUUGGUGGAGGCAGCGAUGAAGAAGGAUGAGGCUGAUCAUAAUAGCGACAACGUAGUUGAUGUUACGGGCGAGGUCGAAGCUGAGAAAGACGACAGCUUAGUAGAUGAACGCCCUAGUUUUAGUGAUGUUAACAGCUUUACUGGAGGCAGCUUUGUCGCUGAGGCUGAUGUUGUUGCUAGUGAUAGUGACCAUCACGACAGUUUGGCGUCCAGACCGCCGAGCUUUGAAGACGACGGUGACAGUUUCUUUGAUGAGCCCAGACCUAGUUUCUCGGACGAACAUAGCUUUACUGGGGGUGACAGCUUUGCGGACAAUAGCUUUGUAUACCGUCCGAGUUUGCCAGACGACGAAGAAAGUCAGGGUGAAGUACUGAAGCGCGUUGACGCAAGUGUCAACAGCUUCGUAGAUGCCAGUUUUGUGUAUCGCCCAAGUCUGCCACAGGACGAAGCCAGCAGCACCGAGGCAGCGAAUACUACACCUAUUGUCGACAGCAGCUUCGUGUACCGUCCAACCCUCGGCAGCGAAGAGACUGAUACUAUCGCUCCAGUUGACAACAUCGUUGAGUAUCGGCCAACUUUAUCAGGCGAUGCGAAACAGAGCAACGUGGAUGAUGUUGUAGUAAAUGAUAGCACCACUACUGCAGACGAUGGCUUUAUAUAUCGACCGAGUUUACCGGAUGACGACGUCCCGGAUAUUGUAUUCGGCUAUACUCACUCAGCGAGCACUAACCCGUCAACCGAAGAGAUGAGCGGGUACAGAAUAACUCUACCGGAUGCAGACAAGAGCCAAGACAAGAGCCAUGAAGCCACAACAAGCGGCAUUAGCGAUGCAAAAGUAAAGGAGGAGAGUCGUGGAAUUGACGAGUUACCUGAUACCAGCGAAGAAGUGGGGGGCGAGCAGCCAUCGUUUUUGAGUCCGAGUGCGUCGAGCUUCAUCCGAUCUAGUGACGCCGUUGCAUUCGAUUUCGGAGGUAUUGAUUCCUCGUUCAGGUUGCACGAAGUGGAACCAACUACAGUUGUUACGCAGGACAACAGCUUCAGCAGUGUACUCACAGACAGCUGCGCGUCCAACGCCCCACCGAAGCUUGACACCACUCAAGUGUCCGAAGUCGAUGUUGCUGCAGAGGUAUCUGGGAUUACUACUACAGUAGACCAAGACGAGAAGGAAGCAUCUAUUGACAGCGCUGGUGAAGUCUUUCCAAGCACUGAUGCAGUGAUCAAACCGUCUCUAUCUCGAACGUCUAGUGCCGCAUCUUCGACAUCGCAAGGGUGUUUUACACAGCGUCGAAUGACAGCUCGUGAAUCGUGGAGAGUCUCGUCGCUGGACUUUCGAGAGAGCAAACAUGCGUACGAUGAAGAGCUCGGACCUUUAGCCAGCCAGCAAUCCCCGCGUGCUUCUGCCAUCAACACCGAACGACAGCGAUUCAGUAGUACCUUUGAAGAGCGCGCCUCUGCUUCCUCCAAUAGCUUCGCGUCGUUCCACAGUCAAGCGAACUUCUUCGUCGACGAGCAGAGCUUCUCGUCUGUCAGCUCUUUAUCGCUGGAUUCCAGACCUUCAGGAGACGACUCGUUCUCGAACGUUGCCAUCCUCGGAGACGACGUUCGUGACCAGAACGAAAGACGCAGUAGCGACAUCAUAUCACAGGAUGUUGGCGAGAGGCUCGACCGGAGCUAUAGCGACCUGGUGGCAGUCACGGCGACACUGGAUCGCAGCUUCAGUCAGCUAGUGGAUCGCGAUGGAUUCUACCGCACCAGCGCCAAUGAGAGUGCGAAUGGCACCAUCCUGGACAGUUCAGUGGCCUCGGCUGUGUCGCAGUCCUCGACUACGAGUGACGAGCUCCCGUUCGUCUCCUUCAACGCUGUCAAGGCCGGAUUGAGCAGCCCAGACCGACAGAAGUCUACUAGCGCAUCACAGCAGGUUUUCUAUAGGUCUAUCCAGCUUUCUAAAGGCGACGUGAACGCGGUCAAGUCCUCUACAGCGUCUUUACCUCAAACCUUCUCGUCGGCAGCGCUGCUGGCUGCAAUCAAGACGCGUGAUACACGUACGAACACUCGGUCAGAAGAAACCGAAGCAGGGGACGUGGCUUGCGGUGCGUUGCCGCCUCUAGAGCCUCCACUCAAGCUCAACGUGAUGCCACGAGGACGAGGAUCCGUCUCAUCUUCGCUGUUAUCCAAGAGUGCGUCGCCUGUAGCGGUGUCGUCUAUGACUCGCUCAUCUGUGGCGUCUUCGACGGGCACUGCUGAUCGUUUGGACUUUACUGGAGUGUAUCGUGGAUCUGCAAACAGCCUCGAGGCUUCACGCAACAAUGGCAAACCGGCUGAGUUACCGACGGAGUCCAAGCCGAAUCAGAAGAAUGCGAUUAACUUCGAGCUCUUAGGCGUCAAGUUGGAGCGUUCAACGAGCGACAGUCGAAUGAUGCAGCGCCAAUCGCAACGAAAAGUAGAAGAGUUCUUCCGUAAAACGUACCAGAAGAGUGUGGGCGAUAUCGAUGAGCGAGAAGUACAUCGCUGGACCAAUCGAAAGACUCGCGCGCAUACGACGGCGAUCAAUACGGAGGCCAAGGUCAUCGACCUCAAGAAUUUGCGCAAUGGUGGCAGACGCCCCGGUUGGCAUCUGGAAGACGAUGCAGCUCAACGAGAGGAUUCGUCGAAACAGGGAGCGAUGGGGAUGACAACUGGGACCACAAGUACAGGGACCACAGCGACACGAUCCAUGCCAUCCGACCACGUCCCAAUACCUCCAAAUUACGUCAUAAGUCCACAAGCAGAGUCGCAAAAGCCUAAAGUACUGGUGAAGAAGAUGACGCAGGUUCCAAGUGGAGGAGACGGUGCCAGGUUUGGAGCGCUGGGACGUCGAGCAGAUAAUCUCUCCCUGACUCCCACACUGCCGCGAUUGUCGGCCAAUGAGUCUCCUGCGUUCUCUCCGUCGCCUUUCGGCUUCGGUGCAAGUGACGGCUUUGGCAUUGGGCGAUCGCCCGGGAGAUCUCCUGUGGCUUUUGCUGGCACGGCGACUGGGUUCCUGUGGAAAGCAGGCAGUGGGUUUAAUGGCUUGAAAGGAUCAUCCGAUGCUCCGUUCGACGCGUCACAAGUGUCAUACGCGCAGCGAUCUACACUAGCUGAUCGUGUGCAGAGUUUAUCUGCGUCAUUGGCCAGUACCUUACGUCGCUUCUUGCCCAGUAGACACAACGCUGGUGCCGGACUGACGUCCCCACAGUCGCAGUGUACAGCUCCAGCAGCGCUGCCUCGAGCGUACGACCACAAUGGCUUCUAUGAGGCUCCGUUCAAGGUACCAGGACUCGACAAACCGAUGACACAGCAGAAGAAAAAGACUGUGGAAAGUGAUCGUGCGUGGGUUCGCCAGUGGCUGAUUCUAGCGACGUGUGCAGUGCUCGGGUUGUCGCUGGGCGCUAUCCUCGUUCGGGUCGUGAAUUUUAGCGCUACUGUGUUCAAUCUAUCAGCUGAUCAAGUGCACGAGAAGCAAGAGAGCAACGAGCUGGUGGUGUCUACUGGAGCGACGUGGUUGUUGUUACCUGGUCAAUUGUUUGCCCGCGUGUGGACCGCAGUCACCACAGUACUGCUGCUGUGCUACGUGUCGACUGGUCUAGCGGAUCUCGUGGCCUGUGCAGACAAAGCUGCGCUCGUGUUGAACUUCCGAUCGAUCGGAUACGCACUAGUUCUUGCAGUUUUGGCAGCGUUAGAAGGAGUCUUGGCGAUGUGGAUGGCGCACAGUGCUGGAUGGUUCCAUGGAGACAGCACGGCUGAAGCUUCGACGCUGUCUGACGCUCUUGGAGUGACUCCGCUACCACUUGGAGCGGUGGGGUUGUUGUGUACUGAUGAUGAUGAGUACUUGCAACGUCUUGGUCACGACGUGUUUGCGUGCUCCAAUGCUUCGUUGACUCUGCCAUUGUAUGCAGAGGUAACUACCAACUCCAGUGACAUCGCAGACAGCGGCCCAGCUGUCUUCGCGCUGCAAGAAGUUACGACGAUACUGGCUACACCGACGUCUGUGCCGUACUAUCCGGCAUUGCUAGGCUCAAGAGGCAACGUGACGCUCUCGUUACUAUCAGCGUUGACGCCUAGUAACGUAGCGUCGCAGUUUACACAAGUGGAGCUGGAUGAAGUAGGUUCAUUGGGUGGGUUGAUCGUGCUCGGUCUGCUAUUGGGCUUUGUGUGUGGGAAGAGGAUACUGCGCUUGCGACGUGAUGCCCAAGCUGCGAUGUUCGAGUCGAUGUGCAGUGCUUCAGACUCACACAAGUCUCGUCAUUACAUCGUUGGGAUCUUGAUGGAACUGCAGCUCGUGUUGGAGUGGAUGGUGCGUCCUAUGGAGCGAUAUUUGGCGCCUGUGGGGUUCUUCUCGCUCAUGCUUGGGCACGUAGCGGCUCACCAUCGUGAAUGGCGAUCGUUUACCUCUCCCAUGUCGUCUCUUGUCGUUGGAGCGUUGAUUUUGAUCUUCCUACAUGCUGGAGUGGUGCUACCAUUAGUAUUGAGACUAUUCUCCAGCAAUCGACGCUUGCCUGUAGUGAAGACAAUGAGGGGAUUCGUACCGGCGUUCCUGUUCGCCUUCACAACCGACAACGUUGCUCUAACAGCGCCAGUCUCGAUGCAGUGCUAUGCUCGGGUGAAUACAGUGACUCGCUCUGCCGCGCAGUUGGCCACUGCCAUGACUGCAGCUCUCACUCGGAAUGUUCGUGCAUUGUAUCUACCGCUACUUCUGUUGUGGUUAUUGGAGUCUUCUUCGUCUGAAGUAGCGAAUUUGAGCACGAGGGACUAUUUUUCGGUGGGAUUGCUGUCGCUGUUGAGCUCUUUCUGUGGCGGGAGCUCUCGCUUGACUUUGGCCGUGGCUCGCACGUUGUGGCCGAUUGCCGGGCGUGAUCAAUCCACCAAUGAUGCAAGCUUACUGCCUGCUACGAUGCCUUUGCUGGUGGUGUGUGAUGUGCUUCUGUCCCGAGUGGCGAACGUUGUAACUGUGAUGGACCACGUUGUGCUUACGCAACUAGUAGCACAGCACUGGGACGAGACGGUUGUACACGGACCAACAAGCAGGAACGACGCCAGCAACAACUACGUCGUCAGUCCCAGCCCGCUAAACGACAGCCAAGCUCCUCGCCCGUCGUCCAGUGCAAUGUUAUCCUCCGUUUAUUUGUAGUAUCGCUAGUCAAUGCUCACUUACGUUGAGUAUCUAAUUGUUUAGUGUGCAUUGGAUGAUUGUGGCAUAGCGUGAAGGCACCACGUCUCCAAUUCGAUUCAGUCAUAUGCACACCAGUAAGACAUUAUGACCCACCUCCUGACAUUAACCACAGUAAUUUUGUGAUUGCAUAGUGUAUUAAAGCGGGAAGAAUAUAGGGAUAUUAUUGUGGUAA